UCCUGCAGCCGGGUGCAGGCUGCCGCCCCGCCUCGGGGACCCCAGACUGGAUUCGCCCACGUGGGAGCAUCUUUCUCUCUAACUAGGAGUUGGGAGGAUGGAGACUCUCGGGUCCUAGCGCGGAAGAGAAAGGGCAAGAGCACGAGGGCAGGAGGAGCUCUUCUCUUUACGCCCCCCCCACCUCACCCCUUUCCUCCUCCUCCUCUCUCAUCUCUUUGCAGAAACGUCCUCCAAGUUCUUAACCUGCAAUCCUUCGUUUGGACUCCAGACAGUUUAUUGAACGACUACUAUGUACCGAGCUCUGCUCUUGGCUCGGAGGACCCUGCAGGAAACGAAACCACGGAAUUCUCUGCCCUCUUGAGCUUACAGACCUGUCCUAGGAAGGGAAGCAAGACCCCAAGCAAGCAAAAUAUAUGGCAUAUGAGCAGGUGACUGCAUUUUUUGUGAAAUUGCAAAUGUACCAUUGAAGUUACAACUAAUUUAAGAAGAAUGGAAGAAGGCCAGUUAGAAGCCUCAAAUCUUCCAGCGAACAUCUGGCAUUCUGAGGUGACAGUGUCAGUGACAGGCGAGCCACCCAGUGCUGUAGAAGAAGAAAAAGAAACAGCUGAAGAACCAGAAAAAGAAGUCCUCCGGGAAAUCGUAGAGCCACUCUCCAUUCUAGAUGUGCUGAGGAUCUCUGCAGUUCUGGAAGAUACUGCAGACCAGCUCUCUAUUCUAAACUAUAUCAUGCCAGUUCAGUAUGAAAGAAAACAAAGUGUCAUCAUGAAGAAAAACAAGAGCUUAGAAAAACUUGCAGAGGCCCCAAGAACCUCAAGAUUGUCCAGUCCAUUCUUACCUAAAGAAGAAAGCAAGUUGCCAGAAAUCAAAAAAGGAAGCCAAUUUACCGAUGAAUGUAACAAAUUGCAAGAUCUUGUCUUCAAAAAACUUACAAGACAAACCAUAAUGUCUACGGAGAUACUGAAGAAAAUUCAGAUUGAUAGGCAAUUUUUCAGUGAUAUAAUUACAAAGACCAUGCAUGAGUUAGAAGAGUCAGGCACUUUCACCAGUCUGCUGGAAGCUCUGGGCAAGGAGAGAGAAAACAAAAUGCAUUUCUAUGAUAUCAUUGCCAGGGAGGAAAAAGGAAAAAAACAGAUAAAAUCUCUUCAAAAACAUCUAUUUACUGUCAAAAAGGAACGGCAAGCUGAAAUACAGAGUCAGAAUGAAUAUGUUGCUCACCUCAAGGACCAGUUGCAAGAGAUGAAGGCAAAAACCAACAUGGAAAAUCGCUAUAUGAAGAGAAACACUGACCUGCAGAUCUCCCAGACCCAGAAGAAAUGUAACAGAACCGAGGAGCUCUUGCUGGAGGAGAUAGAGAAACUGAGGUUGAAAACCGAAGAAGAGAACAGGAUUCAUAUGGAGAUUGAAACGUUCCUUAAGAAGGAGCAGCAGAAACUUGAGGAGAAACUAGAGUUCUGGAUGGAGAAAUUUGAUAAGGACACAGAAAUGAAACAGAAUGAACUAAAUGCUCUCAAAUCUGCUAAGGCCAGCGACUUAGCACACCUUCAAGAGCUUGCAAAGACGAUACGGGAGUAUGAACAGGUCAUCAUUGAAGACCGGACAGAAAAGGAGAAGACCAGGAAGAAGAUAGAACAGGAGGACUUGGAAUUAAAGAGCAUCAUCAAGCUCCAGGCCUGGUGGCGUGGCACUAUGGUAAGGAGGGAAAUUGGUGGUUUCAAAAUGCCUAAGAAGGACAAAGAUGAUGUCAAGGAUUCAAAAGGUAAAGGCAAGGACAAGGACAAGCGGAGAGGCAAGAAAAAGUGAUGGAGUUCUCUCGUCUUUUCCUCUGGUAUUCUGGAGAUGGGAAGGAGGACUUGAAGGGAGGGAGGAAGAAACAUGUUAGCAGUACAGAGAAUUUGUAUCUACAGGUUGUUUCUUAUUGGACAUUCCCAGGUACUGCCUGGUUCUUUCACUUUGCCUGUUGUAUUAGUUUUCAAACCCUGAUUUAGGAGUGUAUCAUCGACUUAGGGCUUCUUCAGAUUUUGAAAAACUUUUGCUGGGAAGAAGUAUUUCUAGGAGCCUUACAAAGAUCCCUCUUGCUUUUUCUCACCAGAAGAAAGUUCAUGGGCUUAGUUAUUGUGAUGCAUUAAAACUUCAGUAAUUUCUGUAAUGUUUUGGAUUCUUUUGGCUAUAGUGAAAAAAACUCUCAACCAAAAGUAAAGUGUUCAUUCGGAAUUACAAUUAUUACAAGAUAAUUUAGUAAUAUGUCUAGCAUAAUAUGGAUAUAGUAAAGUUCCAAAGGUUGGUUCCUUCCUGCAUUUAUUUAAGAUUUUAUUUGAGAGAGAAAGAAACAGAGAGCAUGAGCAGGGGGAGGGACAGAGGCAGGAGAAGCAGGCUCCCCACUGCGCAGGGAGCCCGACAUGGGGCUUGAUCCCAGGACCUGAGAUCAUGACCUGAGCAGAAGGCAGAUGCUUAACUGACUGAGCCCUCCAGGUGGCCCUCCUCCCGCCUUUUAGAUUUAUUAUCACUUUAAUAAGUUUUUGUUGGGGGUGGGUGGGAGCAUGGAAUACAUAUCUUAUUAUAAAUAGGUUGGUUUAGCUCCUUUUCUGGGAAAUAGCUAGGAAUAUAAGUAAUAAAUUAAAACAAUAAAUAAUGAAUUAGAAUAAACAGAAACAUUAGGAUGUACAAUCAUGCAUGGUAAAGGUGGGGACACAGGCUGCUAGAAGACUAGCUUGGAGAGUUUUUGAUCAGUGAGACACCAGGAUAUGCGCCUGCUUUGCUUCCUCAACAAUUCUCACCUUGCAGGAUAUUACAAGUGUGAAGGGCAGAAGGUCUUACAUAGUUGGUAAUUCCUAAGAGUGUCCAAAUAUGUCACAUGUAUUUCACAAAUUAAGCCUUAUAUGUAAUUGCAAAUACAGGGUAAAGCUGGUAUCUAUACUUCUUUAAAAGAGUGAAAAACAACAACAACAACAAC